CAGGAUCUCCUUCGCAUAAAGCUUUGCAGGCUAUUGUUACAGACAAGAAACUGAUCAAGUAUAUGUCAAUGAUCACAAAGUUUUGUCACACUGGAAACUUCCACAACAUAAUGUUGAAGUAUGUUCCAAAGCGCAUUGCUUUUAGUUACGAGGGAAUGGUGGCAAGGACUAUGCUUGCUGCACUAGACAACAAUAACAACGUUGGAAGAAGACAGUCAACUGAUUCCAUGGGUGAAAAGCAAUGGAAAGUGCAGUGGUCAAAACGAACAAAAUCCUUUGUGGUGAAACAAGUUGUUGACUUGAAAGAUUAUUCAUUUCGAAAAGAACUGACUGAUGCAUCACUGGAUCGACUUCAAAACAGUGAGUUUUAAUUUUUAUUUGUUGUGCUAGUAUGAUUAUUAGAUUAUUAAAUUUUAGAUUGUAUUUGUUUUAUUCUAACACUUUUCAAUCAU